CUGGUUCCUGGGCAAUUGGCUAUUAGACUAACUCAUUGUACAGAUAUGAAGAAAUAUCCAUGAGUCUAGCGGUGAGAAGCAAUCUGCCUGGAAAAGAAUGGAAAAGAGGGGUAUCUGCCGGGAUGCCUGAUGAUAAGGUGCGGAGAGAACCUGAUGAGAUAACAAGUCACAUGCAGAUGCAGGAGGACAGCACUCGUCCUAUUCCUCCUUCUCUCGCCAUCUCUUGACUCUGCUCUUCCAAAAACUUUAUCUUCAUCUGCUUCUAUCGUCUCUUCUUUACACUGACUUACAACAUGGGGGACACAUCCACAGCUACCAUGCCGGAUGCUCCGAGCAUCCAGUCCCCUACAUCCCCUACAUCCCCUACGUUGCCGUCAACUGGUUACAGCAAGCACAUUGUGGUACGUAUCAACACAACCAUGCAAUCUAGAACAACGCGGUUUGGACUAAAAUGCCCCCUCAGUUGACCACCUACCCCGGCCAAAGCGGCGUAGAUCCCGUCCCCCUGGUAUGGGGCGCACCCGAUGCCAAAUCCCGUGGUCCGGUCAUCGUCACCCGCGGCGCGGGGAUGCUCAAGCGACGGAACGCCAUGGGCGCCCACGGCGGCAGCUACAGCAUCUACAACGCCCUGGCGAUCGCGGCAGGAGACCUGGACGUGAACUUCCGCCCGGACUUCCGGAACAGUGAGCCCACGUUCAACUUCCCCUGGCAGCCUUCGUGGGCGGACAAGACGAAGAUCGUCUCCAUGGACCCGUUUGGGCAUGAUGUUGUCAAUCAGUUCCGGGAGGAGCUGGAGGCCGGCUGGGAUAUCCGGCCUACGAUGGCUAUUACGCGGGCGAAUAUGAAACUGGCAGAGAUCGGGGAGGCUGUGAAGGAUGGGCACUUGGAUGUUGAUGGGUCGAUUGUUGUGGACUCUUCGGGGGAGGUGCGCGUUACCAAGGUUGCGGUUGAGCCGGUCUGGUAUUUGCCUGGUGUUGCGGAUCGGUUUGGGGUUGAUGAGGGGACGCUGCGGCGUACGCUGUUUGAGCAUACGGGUGGCAGUUAUCCGGAGUUGAUCACCCGCCCUGAUUUGAAGGUUUUCCUUCCCCCCAUUGGGGGGUUGACUGUUUACAUCUUUGGCCCACCAGAGCGUGUGUCUGAUGAAAAUGUGAAGCUGGCGCUGCGGAUCCACGAUGAAUGCAAUGGAAGUGACGUCUUCCAGUCGGACAUUUGCACAUGCCGGCCGUAUCUGGCGUUCGGGAUUCGGGAAGCAAUUCGCGAAGCUCAGAACGGGGGCAGUGGGGUUGUUAUAUAUUUCCGGAAGGAGGGUCGUGCUUUGGGUGAAGUGGUCAAAUAUCUUGUGUACAAUGCUCGCAAGCGGGGUGGUGACACGGCCGACAAAUAUUUCACUCGGACGGAGAACAUUGCGGGAGUGCGAGAUAUGCGCUUUCAAGCCCUCAUGCCCGACAUCCUUCAUUGGCUUGGGAUCAAGAAGAUCGACCGCAUGUUGUCCAUGUCGAACAUGAAGCACGACGCCAUCGUCCAGUCGGGAAUCAAGAUCCUCGAGCGCGUGCCAAUCCCAGAGGACUUGAUACCGAGUGACUCGCGCGUUGAGAUCGAUGCAAAGAUCAAUGCCGGCUACUUCACGACAGGUAAACAGUAUACAAUGGAAGAACUGGCGGCCGUAAAGGGACGCGGCUGGGAGAAAUGGGAGGAUGUCACGCAUUAACCUGCUAUAUAUUCGUCUAUCCACAAGCUCAACCUUGUCUUGAAGAACGAUCCGACCAGUUUGAUAUCGAUUGAUCUUUUCGGGUAUCCCGCUUAACAUGGGUUUAGGUGUUCAGGAAUGGGUUUAGUACUAGCAGAAAUCGCCAGAGAAUAAGCGACUGCAAGCGAUUAAGGUCAUGUAGCUUUCCUGUAAAGUAUGCAAGAGGACCUUCUGGUUGUUGUUCAGUCUCUCAAGCUAUGAUAGCCGCAACCGGCUAACUUACAAUAUCAGGCCAGCUGCUAAUGAAAACCUUGAGAGCGCAUUCGUAGAUCGUUUCAUCCUUCCGUUAUUCCUGAUAGGAC